GAAACCAGCAGGAGCGUGAGGAGACCUGAAAGUGGCACAUGGCAGAGUGGGAGCAAUGGGAGGCGGUACAGGGACCCAGGUCACACUAUGGGCCCAGCAGCAGCCAUGAGGAGUCGGUACGGGGGCCCAUGGCAGAUUACAUGUCUGGCAGCAGCUAUGUGAGGCCCGUAAUCUGCCUGCACCCUAUGUCAAAAAAUUUAACACACCAGCAGUGUGAAGAGACCUGAAAGUGGCACAUGGCAGCAGAGUGUGGCGAUGGAGACAGCAGCAAUGGGAGGGCCGUACAGGGACCCAUGAGAGACUCUAGACUUGGCAGCAGCAUGA